GAGGAGGGUAGUGGAGGAAAGGCAUGGAGGGGAGAGGAGGCGGGGAGGGGAGGAUUGGUGUGGAGUGAAGCCGAGGCAUGGAAGGGAAUGUGGAGGUGUAGUGGAGCGGGAGCAUGGCAAAGAAAGGAGACAUGUGGCCCCUCCUAUGUCAGAUAGUGCGGACUCAGAUGUGCAGCAGAACAAGCGAACCAAGAGACAGAAAUCAAGGGGACCCAUAUAUACCAAAGAGGAGAAUGCUGCAUUGGUUGCUGCAGUAUCAAAAGAAAAAGUGACACUCUUCUGCCAAUCCGUGCCAGCAUCUGAGAAGUCAGCAGCCUGGGAACGAGUCCGGGACUCCGUGAAUGCGGUCUCCAAGUUUCACAGGCCCACCAAUGGCGUCAGACACAGGUUCUAUGAUUGUCGGGCAACGGUUACAAAGAAGAUGCAGAGGCUUCGACUAGGACAAAACCGAGGAAAGCCUAUCAAGUUGCGAGAGUGGGAGGCGGAGCUAAGAGAUGUCCUUCUGGCAGAGGAUGUCCCUGGAUUCAGCAGCAGGGGUCAAAAUCAUAGAGCUGGUGAUCAAGAAACAUCAUCCUUGGAAGGAUCAGCUCCAACUCCAAGUACAUCCUAUCAACAACAUUCUGGUGAAAGCUGCAUUCAAGACCCUCCAGCAUCGGCUUCUGGCAGGACCAUUGCUCCUCCUCAGGAUCAGCAAUACCACCCUGAGAGGAGAGUACAGUGCAGCCCGCACUCUCCUGUUCUUCUUUUGGAGAGGCUGGAGAUUCAGCCAGAGAUUACCCCUAUCAUUCCCCAGACUCCUGAUUUCUCCCCCGGCCCAGAGGAGGAGCACAGAGGACAAGGUUCAUUCAUUCAGCCACCCCAUGCCCUGAUGCCACCUACUGCUGUACCGCCUUUCCCAACUGUGCAGGAGAUCAUUCUGAGGGAGCUUAUAGAAUUAAGGUGUGACAACCGAAAACUACAACGAAAGGUCAAAAGGCUUACCCGGCUUACCCAUCAGUUGAGCAGUCCAUCCAUGGACACUGGACAGUAA